AUGAACAAGAAGUCAAAACAGUACGAUACGGUCUGGAGCGCCGAUGACCCCGAUCAGGAGGAGUUCCUAUCCGAGACGGACGUCGAGGAAGGCCACGAGCAACAAUGGCAUUCUACCGAGAAGGCAGCCAGGCGACAGGGGAGAACUCAACAAUCAUUGGCGACUUUAAAAGCGCAUAGGUGGCUGAUCGACACAUCUUUACUACUCGUAAUCAUUGGACUGCUGAGCCUGCUGCUCCUGCGCCGGCCACAACAAUCAGAAUGGAGACAGAUCGGAGGGGACUAUACGGGGCAAGGCCCAGAGUUCCCUGCGAGAAUCACAAAGUGGAACGCGGAUGAAUCGUUCGUGCCGCCCAACGCAACGGAAUGGUUCUCGGACACGCUUCUAGAGAAGUGGAACACGAUGAUGCCAGCUGGAGCUGCCUUGCGCUCGGCAGAGGAGGUCUUUUCGACGACUUCGAUGACACAUUCGUUACAUUGCCUUUUCAUGAUGGGUCGGAUAUUUUCUGCAUUGUCUGGCAAUAUUUCGGGCGUCUUGCCUGGCGAUUAUUUCACACAUUACAUGCAUUGUGUCGACUACCUCCGUCAAGCAGUCAUGUGCAACGGGGACAUGUCUAUGGAGCCGCAUUUGCCUACAGAUGGGCCAGACAAUGGCCCACUCGAUGGAGGAUGGAACGGAAUUCAUGUGUGCAAAGACUAUUCACAAGUCAUCAAUUACCUCGAUGAACAAAUCGUCGAUGGAGUGCGUGUAGUGCUGCCAAUCGACGACUGA